CGUUUUGUUUUUCUUUUAGUUCAUUUAUUUUAUUUAGUUUUUUUUUGAAAUUUGUAUUUAAUUAUUUAUUUUAAGGAAGUAAUAUGGCGUUUUCGCAGUCAUUUAAUUUUGGUAAUAGCACUUUUAUGGAAUUGGAAAAGGGCUUACAAGCGGGCGGUAAAGAAAAUACCCGCGCCGGAAGUGGAAAUAUACAACAAGCAAUUGCAAAAAAGGAUUCAAAAGCCGUCAGCCAGGAUAACUAUUCAGACUUUUUCAAAGACGAGUUUUCCUACGAAAUAAACCAAGCUAAAAAGAACCCCAAGUCGGAAGCCAAAACUGAGGAUCUUCUGGAAGGAGUCUCCCAUCGGGACUCCGGAGAUGUGAGCUCCUCAUCCGUCUUUGAUGCUCAAAUCUGCACAGAGGAUGUUUUCGAUUCGGAGUGCAAGGACAGUGAUGGAGUUCAGGAGCUUCCAAAUCUAGAUGAGAGCAGCUUCCUUUGCCCGCCAAAGAAUCCAGAGGCUUCUCAGCAGCUGAAAGAGGACAUACUGCGCAGUCGCUGCGUUCUUGCCAAGCAAAGUGGCUUUCACGAGACGUCGCGGAUCACCCAAAAUCUAAGUAGCAUGUCCCCCAACCAACUGCGAGUGUCACCCAACUCCUCGAGCAUUCGGGAACCAAUGCCAGCGAGAACAGAUCCACCACCCGACCUGGAGUCCCUCAAAUCAAUAGCCUCGUGGAACUUACCCCACAGCAUUCAGGCGGAAUACAAAAAGAAGGGCGUUAUCAGGAUGUUUGACUGGCAGGUUGAAUGCCUUAGCAAGCCAAGAGUUCUCUUCGAGCACUGCAAUUUGGUGUACUCCGCACCCACGUCGGCCGGAAAAACGCUGGUCAGUGAAAUCCUACUCCUAAAAACCGUUCUCGAACGAGGCAAAAAGGUGCUGCUUAUAUUACCAUUUAUCUCGGUGGUGCGCGAGAAAAUGUUCUAUCUACAAGAUUUGCUUACGCCGGCUGGUUACCGUGUGGAGGGCUUUUACGGGGGAUAUACACCUCCUGGAGGCUUUGAAAAUCUUCAUGUGGCAAUCUGCACAAUCGAGAAAGCCAAUUCAAUUGUAAACAAGCUGCUGGAACAGGGAAAACUGGACUCUAUCGGCACAGUAGUGGUCGAUGAAGUUCAUCUCAUCUCGGACAAAGGGCGUGGCUAUAUUCUGGAACUUUUGCUGGCCAAGAUUCUUUAUAUGUCCCGUCGUAAUGCACUGCAAAUCCAGGUUAUUACAAUGUCGGCCACCCUUGAAAAUGUGGAGCUGCUGAAGAAUUGGCUGAACGCCGAGCUGUACAUUACUAAUUACCGUCCGGUGGCUCUUCAGGAGAUGAUUAAAGUGGGCACUAAGAUCUUCGACCAGCAACUGAAAUUCCUGCGUGAUGUUUCCCAGUUAAAAGAAAUGCGAGAAGCUCUGGGCAAUGAUUCUGAUGAUGUGGCCUUGCUUUGCAUUGAAACACUAUUAGAAGGUUGCUCUGUCAUUGUUUUUUGUCCCUCGAAGGACUGGUGCGAAAAUCUGGCCGUUCAGCUGGCCACUGCCAUGCACGGUCUCAUCAAGUCUGGCUCAGAACUUGGCCGACGUUUGCGGGCCAAUCUUAGUCCGGAAGCCAUUGAGGAUGUAAAGCAACAAUUAAGGGAUAUUCCAACAGGUCUCGAUGGAGUCAUGUCCAAGGCUGUUACUUACGCGUGCGCCUUUCACCAUGCUGGAUUAACAACUGAAGAGCGAGACAUUGUGGAGGCGUCUUUUAAGGCGGGAGCACUCAAAGUCUUAGUGGCCACCAGCACACUGAGCUCGGGAGUCAAUCUACCCGCUCGUCGGGUGCUUAUCCGUUCGCCUUUGUUUGGGGGUAAGCAGAUGAGUUCCCUUACCUACAGGCAAAUGAUUGGACGAGCAGGACGAACGGGGAAGGAUACAUUGGGCGAGUCUAUACUCAUCUGCACAGAGAGCAAUGCACGAGUAGGCCGAGAACUCGUCACAGCGCAACUGCAGCCUAUUACUUCUUGCCUGGAAAUGGACGGGAGUACACACUUAAAAAGAGCUUUACUAGAGGUUAUAUCUUCCGGUGUGGCGAGCACUAAAGAGGAGAUUGAUUGCUUUGUAAACUGCACGCUGCUAAGUGCACAAAAGGCUUUGGAGGCAAAAGAGCAAACAUCAGAUGAAGACUCUGACUCCCACUUCAUCAGCGAUGCUCUGGACUUUCUCGUUGAGUACGAAUUCGUUCGCCUUCAAACAGACGAAGAGACCGAGACCACAGCAUAUGCGGCCACGCGAUUGGGAGCCGCAUGUCUAGCUUCCUCCAUGCCGCCCACAGAUGGCCUCAUCCUCUUUGCGGAGCUGCAGAAGUCCCGCCGAUGCUUUGUUUUAGAAUCUGAACUGCAUGCUGUGUACCUAGUCACUCCGUAUUCUGUGUGUUACCAGCUGCAAGAUCUUGACUGGCUGAUUUACCUGGACAUGUGGGAAAAGCUUAACCCAGCUAUGAAAAAAGUGGGAGAACUUGUAGGCGUCAAGGAAUCCUUUCUUGUAAAGGCAAUGCGAGGACAAACCAAGCUGGACUAUAAGCAGAUGCAGAUUCAUAAGCGUUUUUACACUGCUCUGGCGCUGCAGGAACUUGUUAACGAAACUCCCAUUAAUGUGGUAGUGCACAAGUUUAAGUGCCACCGGGGAAUGCUACAGAGUUUGCAGCAGAUGGCCUCCACCUUUGCGGGCAUCGUGACAGCCUUUUGCAACUCACUGCAGUGGUCAACGCUUGCCCUGAUCGUGUCCCAGUUCAAGGAUCGACUUUUCUUUGGCAUUCACAGGGACCUUAUAGAUCUUAUGCGACUGCCCGACUUGACGCAGAAGCGUGCUCGUGCUAUAUUUGAUGCUGGAUUUACCAGUUUGGUAGAACUGGCAGGCGCCGAUGUGUUGGAACUGGAAAAAGUACUCUUCAACUCCCUAAGCUUUGAUUCUGCCAAGCAACACGAUCACGAGAACGCAGACGAGGCGGCCAAACGGAAUGUGGUAAGGAACUUUUAUAUCACCGGCAAGGCGGGAAUGACAGUGAGCGAAGCUGCAAAAUUGCUAAUUGGCGAAGCUCGUCAAUAUGUCCAGCAUGAGAUCGGAGUGGGCAGCAUUAAGUGGAAUCAGACACAGUCAGAUGCAAGUAGAUAUCCCGAGAACAGCGGCAUAGAGGUUAAUCUUCAUAUGUCACUGGAGGAGGAUCAAGUGCAGAACCAACCGCCAGCAAAGAGAAAACUGUCGAACGAUGAAACAAGCACUUUAGGAAGUGCUUCAUCCAUAAAGGUUCCCAAACUAGAACCACUGGUAGAGCGGCAAAAUAAACCACAGACAAACUUGGCAAGUCAAAGGAAUAUAAUAAAAACUUCUUCUGGGUUGAACAAAAAUAAUUCUGAAGAGUUUAAGCUAAACACUAAAAAAGAUACUCGACAAAAGCCUAAUGAAGAAGCUCCUAAGGCAUUACAGACUCCACCAAAUGCUUCCAACUCCAAUGUUAAAGAUCAUAAACUAGUGGCCACUGAAAAGAUGGAAAGUCAAUACCCGAGUCGGAGAUCUUUUGAAAAGGUGAAUCCGGUUAUUUCUAGGUCUGAGGAUGCAGAAAAACAAGUACAUCCAGUAAGAGUCCAAGAAAAGGAGAUCGUUCAGUCUUCACCUUCCACUCGGCGCAUUCAAAAUAAUAUCCAAAAAUCAGUAAGUAACUUAGCAGAAGUCGUACCAAAUGAGAUAAAGGGACAGGGAUCGGGAACUAAAAAAGAAAGCACUCCAGUAGCUAGUUCUCUAACUGCAAAGGAGGAGGAGCCUAGCACCAGUCACAAUGCCCGCAAAGAGUUGCUGAGAAAAGAAAUUGCUGAGCGUCGAAGGAUCGCCUUAAUGAAGAUUCAACAGAAAAAAGCAGAAAUGGAAAACCAGGCGAAAGAGCAAACAAUACAGGCAGCAAGAUCUGCUCCGUCUCCCCUUAACCAUACCCCAGUUGGAAAAACUAAUACUCUCACUACUCAGAAAACACAAACGCCUAGCAAAGAUAUUAAGACUCAAGGUAACAGCUCAACCCUGACAAAGCCAUUCAAAACACCAUCCAGCAGGGAAUCGUCGGCAACCCCAACACGAGGUCCUAGCUUAAGCUCAUCGCCUCAAUUGCCCCGCAGAAGCCCACGCAAUCAUACUUCGACACCUCCCAUUACUCCAAAUCGCACGGCUUCAAGGAAGGUUUCCACCGCAGAGCAGGAUCUUUUUAUGGCAGACGAUUCCUUUAUGCUGAACACCGGACUAACUGCUGCUCUAACGUCCGUUGAGAGUAAGGCUCCUGCGCCUUCGGAGGCCGACGAGAUCCCCAGCUCACAGCCCAAGGAACCGGAGGUUGUCGGCGCCCUGACUCCGCAUGCAAGUAGACUGAUGCGCUCCUACCAGCUGCGAUCGCAGCGCUUGCAGAGUCCAAGUUCGCGAUCAUCUAGUGACUCAUCCAGAAUUGAAAAACUUCCCACAGACACUGAAACGCAGUCGGAAUCAAAGUGCUCCUCUGAUGGGGCUUCCUCAAUGGAACUUUCUGACAUGUCUGUCGAGAACUCACUAAUGAAAAAUCCCCUGCAUCUAAAUGCGUCACACAUCCUAAGUUGUUCCAAGGCGGAUGACAAUGCCUCUAGUUUUUCUAGCAUAGAUGUAAUCGACAUCUGUGGCAACCGUCAGUUGUUUCAAGCUGCUCUCAUGGAGCUUUUGGAAGCCCCGCGUAUUGGCUUCAGCGUGGGCUUGCAGGCUCAGGCCGGCAGACAAAAGCCCUUGAUCGGAGGCAACCUUCUGAUCAACCAGGUUGCGGCGGCGGAGCAGCGGGAGGCGGCCGCGGGCAAGCAGGUGCUCUUUCAGGUGGACGACAGCUGCUUUAUAUCCUGUUUAACCUUCUGCCUGGCGGACAAUGUAGUAUACUAUAUGAACAUGCAAGAGGAGGAACAGCCCAAGGGACACAGAGUGCCCACCAGUCUAAAGGCGCAGGAACUUUGCAAGCUAAUGGCUCGAAAGGAGCUUACACUGAUCAUGCACGAUGGAAAGGAGCAGCUAAAAAUGCUGCUUAAAUCGAUACCGGAGCUUAAAAAAAUCAGCGCCAAAUUGGAGGAUCCCAAGGUAGCAAACUGGCUGCUACAGCCGGACAACAUCUUGAGUUUUCAGAAUAUGUGCCAGCAGUUCGCUCCGGAGUGUACAGCCCUCGCUGAUUUGUGUGGCAGCGGUCGUGGAUACAGCAGCUACGGGCUUGAUAGCUCCAGCGCCAUUCUUCCCAAGAUAAGGGCCUCCGUCGAGGCCUGUGUAACAGUGCACAUAUUAAAGGGUCAAAUAGAAAAUCUUGAGAGGAUUGGCACGGGGCAGCUGCUGAAGUUUUUCCAUGAGGUUGAAAUGCCCAUUCAAACGUCUCUUUGCCACAUGGAGAUUGUGGGCUUUCCGGUCAAGGAGCAACGUCUGCAAAGACUUUUCCAGCAAAUGGUAGCUGUUAUGAAAAAGUUGGAAGCGAAGAUCUACGAGCAGCAUGGCUCCCGUUUCAAUCUAGGUUCGACGCAGGCAGUUGCCAAGGUGUUGGGACUUCACCGGAAACCCAAUGGACGGGUAACCACUUCGCGCCAGGUUUUAGAAAAGUUAGACUCUCCCAUAUCCAUUUUGAUACUGGCGCAUCGAAAGCUAGGCGCUCUUUUGGCCAAGAGCAUUCAGCCCCUGCUGAAAUGCUGUGAGGGAAACAGGAUUCAUGGGCAGAGUAUUACUUAUACGGCCACAGGUCGUAUUUCCAUGACGGAACCAAAUCUACAAAAUGUCGCAAAGGACUUUGUGAUAAAAUUAGGAUCAGAUGCGGUUAACAUUUCCAGUCGCUCAGCAUUUAUGCCUGAGAAUGAGCAGCGAUGCCUGCUUUCAGCGGACUUCUGUCAGCUAGAGAUGCGUAUCCUUGCCCACCUUUCGCAGGAUAAGGCUCUGCUAGAGGUGAUGAACUCGCCGCAGGAUCUGUUUACAGCCAUUGCGGCGCAUUGGAACGCAAUAGACGAGUCUGCCGUGUCGGAGGAGCUACGAAACGGCACCAAGCAGAUCUGCUACGGGAUUGUCUACGGCAUGGGCAUGCGUUCUUUGGCUGAAUCUCUAAAGUGCAAAGAGCAGGAGGCGCAGAUGGUAUCCGACCAGUUCCACCAGGCUUACAAGGGAAUACGAGAGCAUACCCAGAAGGUGAUCAAGUUUGCCCGAAACAAGGGAUACGUGGAGACGAUAACGGGACGUCGGCGCUAUCUGGACCACAUUAACAGUGCCGAGGAGCAGUUGAAAAGACAGGCCGAGCGCCAAGCCAUUAACUCCACAAUCCAGGGUUCGGCUGCAGAUAUAGCGAAAAGUGCAAUUUUGAAAAUGGAGAAGAACAUUGACCGCUAUCGAGAAAAGCUGGGAUUGGGGGAAGGAUCGGUCAAUCUUGUAAUGCAUUUACAUGACGAACUUAUUUUUGAGGUGCCGGUGGAAAAGGCCAGGAAAAUCGCAAAGGUUCUCAGCCUCACCAUGGAGAAUUGUGUAAAGCUUAGUGUGCCACUUAAGGUUAAGCUGAAGAUUGGACGCAGUUGGGGUGAACUGCAGGAGAUAAGGGUCUAGUUUAUUUGUUUUUAUUAUUGUAGUAAUUCGAAUUUUUUAGGAAUUUUAUAUCAAAUUUUUAUAGACCGCAUGUUUACUAAUUUUUAGACUGCUUAGCCUGCCACUCCGUCCAGGAUCCGGCAUAAGCCUUAGCGCUGUAAUAAAUUAUUAAAAAAUAAAUGUACAGAAUUUAAAAA